AUUCAAGGUAUCAUCAGUGCUGAGAGCUAUGCCAGUGGUGAAUGCUUUCAUGAACAAAUAUCACAAAUUAAAAGUGGAACCCAGGACGAAAGGCAAUUGUCCAGACCAAAACCAAAACCAAAGCCUUUUCGUCUCCCUACACUAGGUCCUUCUCACAAUUGGACUGCCAUUAAAACCAAAGACAUAGGUCCUUUGUUUGAUCCUACAGGACCUGAUGCCCUUGUCAUGCCCAGACCGCCAAGUCACCAUCAGUGGACCUAUAACAGUAGCGGAGCAAAAGUGGUGGACGUAGUAAUAGAUCCAUACAUCAGCGGACAGCUACGACCACACCAGCAUGAAGGUGUCAUCUUCUUGUAUGAAUGUGUCAUGGAUUAG